GGGAGGGUGAAAAUCUGCGUCUCGGGGAGAAACCAGAGGAGGAGUGUGUGAGCUAACCGAUCUCUCUCUCUCUCUCUUUGAUGCCAACAGAGAGGGCACCAGCCGAACCAUCCUUGUACGUUCUCUCUGCGGUCAAGACCAAGACCGAGACCGAUAAUGAGCAAAACGUCAUGGCGGCGUGCCUGGCCACCGAUUAUUUUCCCAAGAGCUACAACAUGACCAUGAGAGUUGGGGACAAGGAGGAGACACAGUCCGAAUCGAACGCCUUGCUGUCGAUCAUUGAUCGCAGUUACAGUCUGUUUGGGUUCCUCGCCACGCAGGGGAAUCGCGAUGAGAUCAGCUGCGCAGUUGCAGGAGAGACCAAGAAGUUCCCAGCGGCCGAUCAAUCCCAGUAUUCCUGCAUUCAGGUGGAAGAUAACAUGGCAUCAGAUCCACAAUUCAACCUUCUGUCGCUGACCAUCUUCGGAUUAAGGAUUCUGUUUGUGAAGAGUAUAGUCUUCAACGUGCUGAUGACUAUCCGUGUCUGGAUCUCCUGAGGUAGACCGGCAACUGUGAGCGUGUUUGUGCUAUCAAAAAUUCUUCGUUUGAAGACUCAGCAAUAUCUGCUCGGAUUGUGACUGCGACAGCGUGUAAAAACGCGAGCGAUAUGUGUGUGUGUGUGUGUGUGUGUGUCUGUCCUUGUAUAUAUCUGUAGACUUGUGCUUUCAGGAAUCUCUCUCUGAAUGUAACGAUUUGGGUAAUGUCUACUGGAGCCUCACUGAGUUAUCCAUCUCUGGCGUCUCUGGCUCCUGGUCAAUUUCAGCUCGUAUUCGCGAGGGAAGCGGGAACCGCAUGAACGGUGGGUUUUCCCUUCUCCGUGUCCCAUCGGGAGGGGAACUGCGGUACGCGUUAAUGCCCCAUGUCCUGUAAUGUUCCCCCACCCAGCCCCCAACACCGACAGCCCCAGGAAAGACGAGGAAGAAAAUCCACUCUAACCUGCGAAUCUUUCUGCGUCUGCUAAUGUUCCUCUUGUGUCGGAGAUGCUUAAUCUCUCCCUCUUUCCCCUGUGCUCAGAAGGCUCCCCAUCCCACCCUGCUCCCCCCUCUUCCCUCCAAAUGCCGUCUCUGGACAGGGCUUCAUCCCUGUCAAUACACUCCACACAAUCUCCAUCGCCUCUACUCUCCCCCCCACCUAAUCGAUCCAUCCCUAACUCUGAGGUUAAACUCCGACGGUCAAAUUCCAAAAGAUUGGAUUUGGCCGUGUUUUAGGUCUUUGUGUGUGUGUGUGUGUGUGUGUGUGUGUGUGUGUGUGUGUGUAAAUAUCUGAAGCGUAAAGGAAAGCUACUGUAUAUGAAAAGAUAUUGAAUAGUCAAUACCAUUUGUAGACUUAGACCCCACUGGGGAGAUUACUCGCUGUUUUAGAUGUGACGGGGCUCAGUAAUGUCCUGCUUUGCAAAGAAUUUCUGCCAGCUUUACAAAACCUUGCCAAAUCUUUCUCAUCGUGCUUGCCCAAUAAAAUAUAUCUUUUAUGAUCAAACCGA